AGCCUUUAGUCGACCAUUUGGAAGCGGCGUCUGUUUGUGGCUCACACAUGUUAGUUAGCUUGUUAGCACUGCUGCAGCACAGUUGGCCAUUUCCUUGGCUUCACUUUUCCUAAAUAAGAACGGUAUCUAUUUAGUAAAAAUCACUACGGCUUCAUAUUUCUACGUUGUCUUUACACAAUUGGGGGCCUGCCCCCUUUUUGUUUUAAUCAGCACCCACAAGAGUAGUUGUUGAUCACAGAAUCAUGAAGGCACAUAAACCCGCACAGGUGAAGGGCCAUGCUAAAUCUCAGAAGUGGAAGGAUGUGAGGGGCAAACGGAGCCGGCCUCCCAUCACUUCCUCUGAGCUCAACUCCAGUCCUGUCGUGGCCAGAAUAGCGGUGGUGCACAAAGUGUCUCAGAAGAAAAAGCCCUCCGUCAAGAGAUUAAAGAAUAAAGCAAAGCCUGUCUCUGACGCCAAGACAAACACCCCUCAGUCUGUAGUUCAGAAACCUCCCACACAGGCUAAUGGAAGCUCAGUGUUUAAAAUGGACAAUGAUUCAAAUGACUCCAUGGAAUGGAAGAAGUAUUCCCAGUCUAUUCAUGGGAAUGGUGUUAAGACCUCAGGUGAAAUGGAAAAUAUAAUCCCAGUUAGACUGGAGGGAGGGUCUCUCCAUAACUGUGCAGAGAGAGAUGAUCGACGAAACCACGCAGUGCUCGUCAUGCAGAAGAAUCAGACCCUGUGUUUCCGUGGGAAGUGCCACCUGACCUGUCUGUACGGCCGGGUGGAGGUGAUGGGGUUCACCAUUGAAGAAGGCCAGCAGUCAUAUCCUCUCUUCUCCCCAGCAUCACAUUGUCCUCUGACCAUUAGAGCACUGGAAAGCUCUGAUCAGACCAGAGAUGACAAAACAGAGGCUUCAUCCAUCCUCAAAAAGUACCUGAAAUCAGCAUCACGGAAGAAAUUGCUAAAAAAUGUUACAUCAAACUCCUCCAUCAUCCUCCUGGAGCCCAUGGAGACGCCUCUGACGCGGUUCCUGUCGAGCUUCACAGAUCUCAGUGAACUGUUCAGCCCCCCAGUGAGUGAACUCAUAUCCGCUGUUCUUGACACGCCACUCAAUGGUCUGGGGAUGAUUCCCUUAGUGGGAGCCAUCGAGGGCCUGAAAAUGUCAAAGACCUACAGAGAGGCUCUCAACAUGGUGGUCGGUGCCUGCAGAGGGGACCUGGAUGGUUGUGCAGUCAUCCUCGUAUGUGGAUCCAAAAAUGUUGGCAAGUCAACGUUCAUCCGCACCCUCAUCAACACCUUACUGAACCACACUGGUAGUGUAGAUUACCUGGAAGGUGACCUCGGUCAGACAGAGUUCACUCCGGCUGGAUGCCUUUGUUUGGCGAAUGUCACAGAACCACUUCUGGGUCCUCCUUUCACACAUCAGACCCACCCAGAGCACAUGGUCCACUUCGGUCACACGUCAUGUGAGACGGACUUGGAGCGGUACCUGGAGUCUCUGAAGACCCUGUGGCGCAGACGCUCCCCGAGCAGAGAGACCACCGUCGUCAUCAACACCAUGGGCUGGGUCAAAGGAUUUGGGUUUCAGUUGCUGGUGGACAUGAUCCGCUUCUUCCCCGUCUCACAUGUGGUCCAGCUCAGUCACAGCGGGGUCACUCAGUGUCCCUCCAUGACUCCAGAGUUUCUGAGGACGGCGCACGGCCAUCAGACGCACCCCCCUGCUGUGACCGCUCUGGACGAGUUCUCCGAGAGCCACAGCCCCCCCAAAAGUUACACUCACGUUGUCGUACAAUCAGAGUUCCAGGGAGCCGGGCGGCAAGGAACAGCGAAGCACCAGCGCACCAAUGAGCUGAGAGAGCUUUCUCUGUUGGCCUACCUGAGUCAGCUGCAGUCACCUGACCCCGGACCAAUCAGACCUCUGCACACCCUAACCCCCUACCAGGUACCCCAAUCAGCGGUGGCUCUGGGUGUGAUCCACUGCGAGGUGGUGCCCUCUCACAUGUUUUACGCUGCUAACGCCAGUCUGGUGGCCCUCUGCUGCCUGGGAGAGAAAGUGAGCAGCAAGGGAGGCCCCGUGCUGCUGAGUCAGGCUCCCAUCUGCCCCUGCGUGGGCUUCGGUGUGCUUCGAGGUAUCGACAUGGCGCGAGGUCUGUACUUUUUACUGACGCCUGUAGAUCCCUCCAUCCUUCGUAACGUCAACUGUCUCCUCCUGGGAGCGAUAUCCCUGCCUUCCUGUAUCCUCACAACACAGCCUGGCUUUGAUGGAGAGAUGCCCUACAUCACUAAAGACUACAGUUUUGAUCUCACCGGUGCAGGAAAGCUGCGAGUCUUCAAGGGACUGACCAGACCCAGUCAAAUGGGGAAUUAGUGACAUUUCUUAUACAUAAUUUCUCUGUACCCUUCUUACCUGCUGUUUCCCACCCAAACCAGUAAGGAUGGGCCUUUCUCUGAACAGACCUGAGGUUGAGAUGGACAGUUUUUUACUUCAAGAUUCAGAGAGACAGAGCAGCCAGCGUCACAGACUCUGCAGGAAGAGAUGGCUGCCUUCCUGUUGGUGGACGUACAACCUCUUACUGUACGAACAUCUGAAGGAACGGUGAAGGAGUUUGUUUUCUGGACAAUAAUAUCACACUUUGUAUUUAAAGCUCUUUAUUGUGUAGUUGGCAUUCCAGAGUGGCAAAUCAAUACAAAUGCCUGCCGGAUAUUAAACAAAAAACACCUUCUGCUCAGACUUUGUGGUUUUAUUGAUUUCAAGUGUCAUAUAGUCAUAGAUCCAUGUAGACUUCAACCAUUUAAUGGAUUAGGAUAAUUACUGUGAAUCUGAAGCCUAUUUUGUCAGUAUUGUGCUUAAAUACCAGUGAAUUGUUUUACAGAUAUCGCUCUUUUUUUUUUUGCCUUACUGCUUUAACUGCUGUACAUUUGGUCUUGUCUUAACGAUAACGUGUUCUUGCACUGGUGGGUCAUUAAAAGUGUUUUGUGAAUGCAA